AUGAAGUUCUUGAACCUCAAGUCAUUUCAUCCAAGUAAUAAGGCAAACCAGAAGAGGUUAUAUAUUGCUGAACAGAGAGCUGUCACUGAUAAGAAGAGGGAAGAGGAAAGAGCAAAGGAGGUUAAAGAGGAGCAUGAAUACUUUACAAACAAAGCUGCUUUGGCAAGUUCAUACAUCGAAGCGCAACGCAGUAAGGUUGGCUUCUUAUACGCCGCUCCACCUGGCUUGUCAAAGUUAGAGAUGCCCAUGCCCAAGCAAGAUCUUGAGGAUCAGCGUGAACACGAUGAUUCGACAAAGCAAGGACAAGGACAAGGACAAGGCAAGAACCAUAGACAGAUGACCGACGUGGAGAAGUUCCCAUUUCUGGCAAAUGCACCUGUGCAGGGAGGAUACUCUAGCGACGUCAAGAUGACACACAAGCCAUUUGGUAUCGAACUGCGAGACGUUCGAUGUAUCAGAUGUAAUCAAUGGGGACACAAGAGUGGCGACAGGGACUGUCUCAUGAGGGACAUCAACCCCAACGAUCUACGCAGACAAGAGCGCGAAGACCCCCUGUCUGCAUUCAACAUGCCACAGAAUGAUGGAUACAAUGAUGGAGGCAGUGGCCAUUCAAAAGAUCAAGAGGUGGACGAUGAUGAUGAUAGCAUACUUAGAGAGUUCUUGGCCGGACUGACAAAGCGACAAAGGAAGCUACUGCUCAAACAAAUCAAGAAAGAGGAGAAGGCAAAGAAGAAAAAAGAUCGUUCAUCAAAGCGAAGGAAUAGUGAUGAUGAUGAAAGUGACUCCAGUGGCAGCAGUAGCAGUGAUAAUGAUAGUGGUGAUGACAAAAGAAGACACAGGAAGAAGCCAAGGCAAUGA